AUGUCCUAUCCGGACACUCCCGGCCUCUUCAUCGACAGGCAAUACGACAGAUGGUAUGUCAUCCUCUACCCCAGGGCGCUUAGCUACGAUUUCCAUGGGUACCAAGGAAUGCGGGCGCUCUCGCACGCUAUGCUCUGCGGCAAGGGCUCCGUCGUCCAAGCCAUCGACCAAGAUCUCAUCUUCGUCAAAAAAGAGGGUGACACCGGCGCACGGCUAUAUGACACCCUUUUCAAAACGGCGGUCAAGCUGUUGUAUGAUAGUUCUAUAAUAAUGAGUGCUGCGGAGGGGAGUACGCUGGAUGCUGAGUUGCGGGCUGCUGGGGAGGCACUUGCGGGGAUAGUUUUCGUGACUGCUGCUGAGAUCGCGCUCACAACCUCGGCCAUCGACGAGACCGAGCGAGCACCCGCACGCCAUUUAAUGAGAAAUCUCACCGCCGCAAGCAAUUCCCCCGACUUCAGCAUAGGAUUUACUAACAAUAUAACCGACUUCACCACCACAUUCAGCAGCACGCGUGUCUCCGUCUCCGAUCACUGGCCCCAGCGCAUUAUUUCUCAGCCCGCAGACACGCUCGACACGCACCGACAGGCGACCCUGUCCAUCGCAUGCAGCGCGAAGCAUAUUGCACUGGGGCCCUUCGAUACGACAUGGGGAUGGCAGAAUGGGAAUGUUUGGUUCGCGGUCAUGAUUCAUGUGCCCUUGCAAGAAAACCGUGCUGGCAACGCCCGUAAUAACCUGCCCUCCUAA